AAGCGCUCUGGACUGAACAGUCCUCACAGCCACCGCCUCCGCCGCCGCACUGAGCGCGAUGGCAAUAGCGGAGGGGGAGGCAGCGCAUGGCGUCUUCGCCUACGCCGCCGCGGCCGACUCAGCAUCCGCAGACGACCCGAUGACGGUGAAGAUGCUGCGCGACGCCGCCGCGGAUGUCGUUAGCUCCUCCACGGCAACGCGCAUCCACCUCUUCCGCGAAAUCCUCCCGCCGCUUCUCAGCCGCGGAUCUGAUUCAGCAUUAUUUGUUGCACAAUUGAUACGUUUCAUUUUCCGAACGUUGCCAGUGUAUGAUGAUCAAGCAUCUAAUAAUGCAGUAGAUGAUCUUGUUCAAUUGGCUUUGAGAAAACCAACCUUCUUGGGGCAUUUUGCAUUUAUGCUUGUUGAGACAAUGGAGCAAAACAUGAAGUUUAGCAGGCCUCCACUUGUAUGCUUCAAAUUACUGAGAUGGUCGAUCUGUCUUUUGAAAUUGAAACAACAAACAGAGCAUGAUUUCUCAAGAAUAUUCAAUGCACAAGCAAUCUUGUGUCAAACACUAAUGACUGAAAACUUCCGUCACAUCCAUUCAUGCAGACAGUUAUUUGUCCAUCUUUUUUCUGAGCUAAGUGAUGUCCAUAAAAUGUAUGUAGAGAAGGUCAGAAAUUCUAUGUUUCAUGUCAGGGAAUCUCCACAAUUCUUCAAGUUGAUACUAGAUUUUGCGAUGACCUCUUCAUCCUUGUCUUCAGAAUACAAGCAAGCUUUCCUAUAUUUAUAUGUUGGAGCGAUCAUAAAUUCGAAAGAUCAGCCGUCACAAGAAUCAAGUUGAGCUUUUGUGUAUCUUUUAUCACAUAUUGGGUGUGACGACUUUGAGAAGAUAUUCUACGUCUUGUUCAGCAUUCUGAUGAACAGAUGAGGGCGGAUGCUUUGGUGAUUGUUGGGACAUUAAUUAUAAAAUCCACUGAUCCUGAAACGCUAACUACUAUGCUGGAUGCUAUUACAACAAGUCUAGGAGGUUCUAAGGAAGAACUAUCAAACACAUACAAGAGAAUUGGAAUGAUAAAGGCAUUAGCAGAACUGUCAACAUCUCCAGCUGUUCACCAAAUAAACACUGUUGCUGCCUCAAUAUCUGGUUUCCUCAUGACAUGCUAUAAGGAUGAUGGUAUAAAGCAGGUCAAAAUGGCAAUUCUCUCAGCUUUGGGAUCCUUGAGUUCAGCAUCAGCUGAAGCUGUUCAACCAGAUCUUGUUUCAUUCAUAACUACAGGCCUGAAAGAUGAAGUCUGUUUAAGGAAGGGUUAUCUAGAGUUAUUACGAGCUGUAUGCAAAAAUUCUGCUGCAUUAAGAAAGAUCACCAGUUUGUUGGAUCAGCUGGUUCAGUUGCUGAUAAUUAGUUUCACAAGCACAACACAACGAUUGGAUGGAAUUUACACACUCUUUGCAGUAUCAAGAAUUGUUGCUGUUGAUACAGAUGCAAGUUUACCUACAAUUUGCUCUGCUAUCUAUGAUGCUUGUGGGCAAGUGGACCUCUUCACAUUGAUUUGCCAAAAUGAACUAUCAUCGAAUUCUGCCCUAUCGCUUUCAGAACUGUCAGAUGAAGAUUGCUUGGUCACUGUGGAUCUUGUUCAAUCAUUAAUUGUGGAAAAUCUUUCUUGGGUUAAGGAAAAAAUCUCUAUCCAAUCAUUACUACAGCUGCUAAUUCAUCCGGCGUGCCACCCACAUCGUGAAGUUAGGAAGUUAGCUUAUGUUGCUACCGAGAAAAUACUUGCAAGCACUGCUGUUUUAGGCCAAGAUCUUCUCCUCUUAUUCAAUAACUGGUUGUCAUUGAUUGGAAAUAGAACAUUAACUUUGGAACAAAGGUCUACUGCUGCAAAUCUGUGUCCAACACCUAUUCCUUCUACUGGGGUCCUUAUCAGGUUCUUGUUUUUGAUUGCACCUUAUGUGGUUGGCCACAGCCCAAGAUCAUAUUCUCAACUUAUAUUGUGCUCCCACCACCCUUGUAUUUCCAACUCCCGCCCUGCUGCUGUUUGGAAGAGGUUGCAGAGAGUUUUGAAGCACCACCAGAUCGUUUUUAUUGAUUUAAUUGCUACCAACAUGUCGGCAAUAUUCAUGGAAUUACUUAGACAGGAUGACUCCUUAACCUGUGAUGAAUAUGCACUUGAAGCAAGAUUACAUUCAUUACGGACAGUAGCAGCAAUAUUACCCAACAACGGACUUCCAGAAUUCGAGGGUGGCAACAAUCUUCAGUAGGCCAGAAGUGCUGAACCAUCUGAAGCAGCAAAUGCACCACCCACGGUCUCAGUACCAGCAGGAAGUAAUGCAACACAUCCAGUCACCCCAGUACCACAGCCACCAGCACCAGCAGCUGAUCAGCUGCAGGACAUGAUUCCUAUGCAAAAAGAAGCUUUCAUUAGCCUGCUAAAAGCAAUCUCCACUAGUGCUGCUUCUGCCACCGCAACAAUCGCCAUCUUUGUAGUAAGCUACCCCAUUAAAUGGCCAGAUAAAGUGUCAGUUAAUUACCAGAUGAUACUGGAGGCUCUCCUCUUUGUUUUCUUUCCUCUGGCCCUUCUUGCCACGGGCUUAUCCCAUGCUGCUGAGAAAGAUGAGAGAUGGCUUGGUCUUGCUUCUGCCUUGGUUUUAUUUGAAUUCUUUUAUGCUUUGGCUUUGGGGGGAGGGAUAUCCAUCGCUAUACAAGUGAGACCAAGAAUUGCAGUGUGUGCCACAGUAUUCUCUUCUAUGGUGGUGAUUACUUUUGCGUGGAGUUUAAUGUUCUCGCACCCGGAGUUCUUAAAGAAGAUGCACUUUUGGGCGCGCCACCCAGACAUGCCAACAGGAGACAUGCCCCAGUCUCCCCGAAGUUCUCUCUCGAAGCUUUUCAAGUGGUUCAAGAAGGAGUCGUCUGCGCCUAGUCAGGAGUCAGUCACAGAACAAGUUAUGCCCCAGCCAAGUUUUCGGUCCAAGUUCAUCGAGUGGCUCAAGAGGUCGCCGCCGCCAGUCAAUUUGUGCGGUAUCAACAUCGAUAAGACCUCUUCUCAAAAAAAAAAAAAAACAUCGAUAAGACCUGAUGACAUUUGGAUUGACAUGAUGAUACCUGAUGGAUAUCGAGCUGUAUAGACGCACUUUCUCGUUUGCUUUGGCUGUACCUGUAAUUAAUGAAUCCUGUGUAGCUGUAUGGAGUGCAGUUGUUUGCAAUUUGGACGCCGCUUUUUUAGAAAAUUCAAACUCGGGUAAUAAUUAUACUAACUAUAUUUAUACUAAGUAUUAUGCAUGUUA